AUGCACCUUAGCCACACAUGCAGCCAGGCGCGGAGAUCGACGAUUGUUGGCUUCCCCUGUGGUAGGUUAAGUUGCAUGAGCAACCUAAGCCGCCAGGGAGAAGCCAGCACACUCGUCUCUGCCUCACCGGCUCGACUGGUGAGACAGAAACGUUCGUGUGACGUGUCCGGCCAUUCGUCAUUUGCCAGCUUCACUUCACCGUGUACAUUGUACACGGUGAAACGAAUUCAGCAUUCGUUCUUACUCUCGUCGUCGUCGAUUCGAGAUCGACGAUCGACGAGAGCUUUCUUCGAAUUCCAUCUUUCCCCCGAUAGGAAAGAUGGAAUUCGGGGCGAACGAAUACCACCACCGCAGG